AUGAGCAUAGGCAAUACAAUAAACGAAGAACCAUCUUUUAAAUAUUUCGAGGACAAGAAAUUAUCCAUUGUAUGUGCACCAUUUUGUGGCGGUCAAGGUAAAGGAGGUGUCGAGAAAGGCCCUAGAUAUUUCUUAAAAAAUGGGUUAGAAAAUGAUUUAAAAGAUCUUGGUUGGAAUACUAAAGUUGAAAUGCCAAUUGAUGAGAUGGAAAUUAUGGAAAAAUUGAAAGUACAUACUGGUACCGAUUUCUAUAAGAAUGCAAAGAGACCAAAUUUAGUUGGUGAAGUCAGUAAGAAAAUUCAUGAUAGUGUCAAAGAUGUUCUUUCUGAGGAUCGCUUCCCUUUAACCUUAGGUGGUGAUCAUUCUAUUGCAAUUGGUACUGUAUCUGCCGUUCUAGAAAAAUACCCUGAUGCUGGUUUAUUAUGGAUCGAUGCUCAUGCAGAUAUUAAUACGUUAGAAAGUACAGAUUCUGGUAAUUUACAUGGCUGUCCUGUAUCAUUUUUGAUGGGAUUGAAUAAACCAGAAGAUACACCGGAUGCAUUGAAAUGGUGUCCAGGUAAUUUGAAACCAAAUAAGAUAGCCUACAUAGGUUUAAGAGAUGUUGAUUCAGCUGAAAAGAAAAUUAUUAAAGAUCUUGGCAUCACAGCAUUUUCGAUGUAUCAUGUGGAUAAAUAUGGUAUUAACAAGGUAAUUGAAAUGGCUUUGGAUGCAAUUCAUCCAAAUGGUAGCGGUCCAGUUAUGUGUUCUUAUGAUGUGGAUGCUGUUGAUCCCCUUUUUGUACCAGCUACUGGUACUCCUGUUAGAGGUGGAUUAACUUUAAGAGAAAGUUUAUUUUUAGUUGAAAGAUUAGCAGAAACAGGUGAUCUAGUAGGAUUAGAUAUUGUGGAAUGCAAUCCAAAUCUAGCAGUAGAUGAUAUUCAUGUCACUAAUACUAUAUCUGCAGGUUGUGCAAUUGCUAGAUGUGCUUUAGGUGAAACACUUCUAUAG